AUCCGCCACCUGAAACGCGAGGAAGUGAAGGCGACUCAAUUGGGUAUAAAGCAUCAGCCAACAUCUGCCCCGAGCAGUGCAAAGCUGAUGAAAACAUCAGCUCGCAGCGCGCGCAGGACCUCACUUUAUUUGAUUUCCCGUGGAUUUAUCGCUCCGCUCGGUGCACCCUGGGUGACGCAUCUUUUUCUGCACUUCAACUGAAUGAGACUGAAGACACGACUCUAUACUGGAAUUAACCGAAAACCCCCAAUAUUUCAGCGCACCUGUUACCUCCACGGAGCGCGCGGUCAUGAUCCCUCCGGGAGACUGCAUGUACGCCGGCAGAAAGCGGAGGAAGCCCAUCCAGAAACAGAAGCCGUCUUCUGCCAACGAGAAGACCAACCCAUCCAAGCGGCACCGGGACAGGCUGAACGCGGAGCUGGACCGGCUGGCCAGCCUGCUGCCGUUCCCCCCGGAUGUCAUCUCCAAGCUGGACAAGCUGUCAGUGCUGCGGCUCGCCGUCUCCUACCUCCGCGUCAAGAGUUUCUUCCAAGGUAAAGGAGCGAAUCAAGACAAGACCUCCAGGAAGCACGUCGUCAACACACCCUCCUCCCACCCCGAGCCCAGGAAAGAGAGCGUCCCACUGGGCAGCAGUGUCAACGAGAGCAGCCUCCUCCUGGAAUCCCUGACAGGCUUUGCCUUGGUGGUGAGCAACGACGGGAUGGUUUUUUAUGCGUCCUCGACCAUCGUGGACUACCUGGGAUUCCAUCAGACUGACGUCAUGCACCAGAAUGUGUUCGACUACAUCCACAUAGACGACCGUCAGGAGUUCAGGCGCCAGCUCCACUGGGCCAUGUGUCCCCCCCAGCACCCGGGGGGGUCGGCGCACCAGGACGGCCAGCUGCCCACGGGAACCGGUGAAGAGUUUGUGGUGAGCAGCCUGUUCCACUCUCCAGAGGCAGGGGACAUUCCUCCUGAGCUCUCCUGCUUUCUCAACAGAUGUUUCAUAGCCAGGGUGCGAUGCCUCUUGGACAGCACCUCUGGAUUCCUGACCAUGCAGUUCCAAGGUCGGCUGAAGUUCCUCCACGGGCAGAAAAAGAAGUCAGCUUCUGGGGCUCCGAUGCCCCCCCAGCUGGCUCUGUUCUGCAUCGCCGUGCCCCUCCUACUGCCCUCCAUCACCGAGAUGAAAAUGAAGAACAUGUUGAUGCGGGGAAAGAGCAAGGGGGGAGCAGGCGGGAUCAUCUCUUCACUGGAGCAUGGUGAGCGUGGGGAACCGCUUCGGAGGCACUCCUUCAGCGGAGGAAUGGGGGACGUCACAGACCCGCUCCUCCUCUCUUGUCCCACUCCUGGUGCCAUCCAGCGAGGCCACCAAACCCCCUGGACCCCGCUCUCCAAAGACAACCUCAAGUACCGCCCCGAUGGUUACUACAGCCAGGAGGAGCCCCUCAACUACUGCAAGUCCUCAAUGGCUCCUCACAAGGGCCUCAGCCCGGGUGGUGGCGGCGGUGGCGGCGGCGGCGGCGGCUGGCCCCUGCGGCAGAACUCAGGUCCCAUCAGAGCAGGCCAGGGUGUCGGCUACAUCCCCAACCGUAUGAACAAGACCGGUCAGUACGGGAAGCCUUACCGUAUGUCCCCGAGCUGCCACAGCGGACGGGGCGGCGAAGUCUUUGUCUCCAAGCUCUACGGUAACGUCCAGAUUCCCUCCGACCCGGACGCCUACUGUGUGGAUCUGGUGAAGAGCGAGAACGGCUACGGAGAGUGCUACGACGGCCACCUGAUGCCCGAGAUGCCGCCCAUCAAGGUAGAGCACGACUCCGACUCCGAGAACGGCUGCGACGCGUACGGGCGGCCGUGGGGUUGCCGCGAUCCGGUGGCCCUUGAUCGCCGCUACGGCAACGGGGUGUACGACCAGAGCGGCGGCCUGCAGCUCAAAUCGGAGGCCGAUUAUUACGACCCACAGUACUCGCCCUGCCAGCGGGGGAAAGCGGGCAUCAGCCCACCUUACAACAACGGUAACUAUCAGAACUAUGCAGUUAACAACGGCGGGAACGCCAACGGACGUCUGCUGAAGUGCGACAAAGACUUGGGCAAUAACAACGAGCCCAGCCAGUUCAGUCCCCAGAGACUCUCUCACUCAGACUCUCUAUGCAGCAACCAAUCAAUCAACCUCAUGGACUCGCACAUGUACGCACAGGACACUCACAAGGCCUACAUGCACCCGGACUACAACAAGCACGGCCAUUACGAGUUCAAAGGUCACGGCCUGAUCCACUCGAUCAAGCGGGAGCCCAUGGACUCCCCGCCGUGGUCCGAGGGCGGCCACGACAUGAACCAGUCCAUGAUGGUCGGUCCGAGGAACGCUAUGCCGUGCGUGAUGAGCACGGGGCACCACAAGUCCAGUCCCUACAUUUACAUGCAGUAGAGAGCGACACGGCGCGGCGCCCGAACACGACGGCAGACACCCACAGCCUCCCUCCACAAACAAACACAUCAGUGUGCAUUAAAGUACUUUGUCUUAGUGUUUUCAUACACACACACACACGCACCAGCAUCACAGGAGAACUGUCUCUUUGCUCACAAGGAUUCCCAGGAUGUCAAGUGCUUCUUCGAUGAUUCAGUGAAGAGGUCGUCAAACAAGGCUCAGGUUUACAGUGUCAGUGUUGUGACAAUCAAAAAUAGUACUUUCAAUCCAGUUUAUGGAUCAUUUUGUUUCUAAGGAGUACAUUUUGUAGUUGGUACCAAGCACUUUUGGCUGUAGUGACAAAUGUCUAGAAACACAGUUUAGUUUUGUUUUCUAUGUCGUGCAUACCUGGCUUUUGCAGGAGAAUCAAAGAUUUUGCUGUAAAAAUGUUUUUUGUUUGUUUUGGGUUUUUUUUUUUUUUUUUUUUGGAUCAACUUUGUAAACAGGAAAUAAGUCACUGCUGGGCACAAUCAAGUGAAAAUAUUAGGAGUCAGUGUAACAACUUAAAGAAUAACUGGUGGUUUUGCAUGUUUUAGUGCUCUAACUAGAAACACCUUUUCAUUACUGUCUCCAGUGAUAUAGGAAAGGAAACUGCUGGUCUCUAUGCAUUAUGCAAUUGUUUUGAAUCGACUUGCAAAACUUGAAACUUACUUCUUGCAGUAGGAAAGAAAAAAAAAAAAAAAAAAGAUGUUUGAUAAAUAUUGCAAAGUCAUCACAGGAUAAAAUAUUUGCAACA